AUGGACGAAUGUGCAAUCGGGGAAGGUCCCUCGGAGCGCAAAGCUGGCGAUUUGUUCCCGGUGCCGGUGAUGGCGGAUCCGCUACAAGUCCGCGGAGAGCUGGUGUUUGGAUUUUCGAUUUUCUCUGCUUUUGGGUUUGAGCUGACGCUUGAAGAGGUGGCUGAGCCGUUGAACUCUCUUAAGCGCCCCGAUAAGUCCAUCACUACAGAAGAUGUCGCUGAGCUGAAUCCGGUUGAUGGGCAUUUCUUGACAUACAAAUGGUACCGUGUGCAGAGUGACCGAAAAGUUGCAGUCUGCAGCAUCCACCCAACCGAGCAGGCAAGCUUGCAGUGUCUCUUAUGUGUCAAGGCGAAAAUACCCGUCACCAAGAGCUACCAUUGUUCUUCGAAAUGUUUCGCCGACUCCUGGCCCCACCACCGUGUCCUCCAUGAACGUGCUGCCAGCGCUGUCAGCGAAAAUAGCAAUGAGGAUGAAGAGAUUUUCGGCCGCUUCAACAGCACCGGUGGUGUGAGCCUGCCGACUUCUCAGUCUAACCCCAACCUGGCCAACAGCAGUGCAACCCUCUACCCGGCUGCGGUUGCUCAGAGGAACGGCAGUGAGACAUGGUUCGAGGUUGGGUACCACAAAACAUACACACCUACAGUCGAUGACAUUGGCCACGUUCUUAAAUUCGAGUGCGCUGUGGUUGAUGCCGAGACGAAGCUAGCCGUGGGGCCCACAAAUACGCUGCUGACCUCCCGCGUGAUCCCGGCGCCCUCCCCCAGCCCGCGGCGAUUGAUCCCGCUGAGUGGGAUCGACAUGCCUGGAAGUUUGGGUCUGGACAGACGGAUUAUGUCGGCUGGAGCUUUUACGGUUCUCUCGUACAAUAUCCUGUCAGAUAAGUAUGCUACGAGCGAAUCAUAUAGCUACUGCCCGAGUUGGGCUCUUUCCUGGACCUACCGUAGGCAGAACCUCUUGCGGGAAAUAAUUGGCUAUCAUGCAGAUAUCGUCUGUCUUCAAGAGGUUCAAAGUGAUCAUUUUGAGGAAUUCUUUGCUCCGGAGAUGGAUAAACAUGGUUAUCAAGCUUGUUUUAAAAGGAAAACAGCAGAGGUUUUUGUUGCUUCCAUCAACACUGUUGAUGGCUGUGCUACUUUCUUCCGUCGUGAUAGAUUCUCUCACGUCAAAAAAUAUGAGGUUGAGUUUAAUAAAGCUGCACACUCUCUAACUGAUGCUUUGGUUCCUAGUGCACAAAAGAGAAAUGCACUAAAUCGGUUGGUCAAGGAUAAUGUUGCGUUGAUUUUAGUCCUUGAAGCCAAGUUUGGUAGCCAAAGUAUUGAUAACCCUGGGAAGCGUCAGCUUGUUUGUGUGGCGAAUACACAUGUAAAUGUGCCUCAAGAGUUGAAAGAUGUCAAACUUUGGCAGGUUCAUACAUUAUUGAAAGGUCUGGAAAAAAUUGCUGCUAGUGCAGACAUCCCAAUGUUGGUCUGUGGUGAUUUCAGUUCAGUACCUGGAAGUGCCCCUCAUACCCUCCUUGCUAUGGGGAAAGUUGAUCCACUUCAUCCCGACUUGACCAUCGACCCCCUUGGAAUCCUUCGACCAACUGCUAAACUAACGCAUCAGCUGCCAUUGGUAAGUGCCUACUCAUCCUUUGCGAGAGGUGUGGUUGGUUAUGGCCUUGCGCAGAGAAGGGGAAUGGAUCCUUCUACAAACGAGCCUCUGUUCACAAACUGUACUAGAGAUUUUAUCGGCACCCAUGAUUAUAUAUUUUACUCAGCCGACUCCUUAACAGUGGAGUCCUUGUUGGAGCUCUUGGAUGAGGUUGACUUGCGUAAAGACACGGCCCUUCCUUCUCCUGAAUGGUCUUCUGAUCACAUUGCACUGUUAGCCGAAUUUCGCUGUAUGCCCAGAAGGACUAGACGCUGA